CCGACGACCAUUCGCGAAGGAAGCCAAGAACCGUCAGAGUAGAGGUUAACAAUCAUAAUUUUUUCAGUCAUUUUGUUUAUGAAGAACAGACGAUAUGGAUGUUGAUUAUAACACGGGAAAUAUUGAUCUAAUUUCAUUUAAACAAACAGUUGCGGAUUUACAACUUGAUUUGGCAGAAUUGUCUGACGACGCCGACGGGGCUGCAAUUUUGCCACCUGGAACUGAUCAGAAGCCAAGACCUUCGAAGAGGGAACCCCUCAGGCGGAUGAACUCUGGUGGUCGGCUUAGGAAUGUUAGAAAAGCAUGGGGAGAUUUUAAAUCAAAAAUGAAAAUUCCUAAAAAAGGUACGAAAAAUACAAAAUGGAACGUUCCUCAGUGCUCUCCAGAAAAUCGCACUUCAGUUAUGAGAACACCAAAAUCAGUGACAAAGCAACGAUUGCUGGAUAUAGCCUACAGUCCAGACUUUUUCAGGACCCCAGAACAGUGUAGAAUCUAUCGUGAUUCUAACAAAACAACACCUGACAGUGCACAAGGAGAGUUCUUACGCAGGUCGAUACGCAUUGCUAACCGAACACCGACACCAACUUCAAUGAAUUCUCAGAAGACACGCAAAAGAAGCGUAAAACCAAGAAGAAUCGAAAAUAACAGCUCACAAGAUGUGUACCAAGAAGUCAACAACCUUGUUCAAAUGACCCGCACUUUGUCAACAUUGUCAUCGGCCGUUGAUGGAUUUAAAGGAAUGGCAAGUGGAUUAGAAGAGUCAAUUGAAAAAAGUGAAUCCAAACAAGAUGCCAGUAAAGUGGACUCUAAGAAGGCUAAUGGAAACAAGAAGCAGAAAACACCAUCACCCAAGUAGAUGAACGGAACAUGUACAAUUGUCAUGUAUACUAAAUGAUCAUCUCCUAAAUUAAUGCGGCAAUGUACUGUAAUAUAGCCAAUCAGGAUUGCAGGGUUCAGGAUGAUUACAUUUCUAUAAGUGACAGGAUGAAUAUAGGCUCUACCUAAAUCAUAGCAUGAACACUGCACUUUAUAUGAAGAAAUAAAGACUAAUAUAAUUUUAUUGCAUUAAUACAAUAUCAUUAUUAUUACUUAUAAAAUUAAUACUAAUAUUGCAUACUGUUAACACUCUGACCGCCAGGGGUUUGAAAAAAUAGUAUCGGCCACCGCCAGACUUUUUAGUAAAUCCUAAGACUUUUCCGAAGCUUGUUGAGAGUGCCUAUGUGAUCAGAUUGACAUGUAAUGAAUACUACAAGAACUAUGAACAUCUUAGCUUUGCAAUGGUACCAAACACUUUAUUUUAAUCAAAUACCGCUCUACGUUAACGUAAACAGACAAAUAGUGAAAUACUUAUGGUCCAGACUGAAUAUAGUCUUCAAAUUGUUAGUACAUGUCAGUAAUUACUCCAUCAAUCGGAUUCCGUAAAAAAACUUGAAACACGGAGAUCUCCGUGUUUGACAGUCAAGCGUUGCGUUACCAAACACAGAGAUCUCCGUGUUUGGCGGGCAGAGUGUUAAUGAACUACUGUAAACUCAUUAUUAUUACCAGUAUUAUUAUUUUUAUUGUGAUUAUACAGUAUUUUUUUCUAUAAUGUUGUUUGUACACUAAUUGCAUGGAAUGCAUGGGCAUUUUUACUUAUUGUAUACCAAAUUGUAUGUUACUUACAAGGAACAUAUAUAUAGUCUUGCGUGGAUAUCGCAAAGUAAUGGUAUGUGUUUUAAGCUAAAUAUACAGGUAAUACAGUAUAUUCUGCAAUAAGAGAGUCCCACAAUCAGCUAGUUUUAGUGGGGGUGAGUUGGGGUAUUAUUAUAUCCAAUGCAUCUUAAUACAGGUCUCCCUCCAAUUAAAGACCACUUCUCGGGCUGCGGUUUUCAUGGUCUUCAGCAGUUUUGGUCUGAUGUGAAGAUUAAAAAGUAAUUCUAUUAUUUCUAGUAUAGGUUCCAAAAAUGCUUAAGUUGUGGGGGUGGGGGUUAUGAUCUAAAUUACUUACCUGUAGUAAGUUAUUAUUAACUGUUAAUUUGUCUGCUGGUAAAUCAAUUUAAACUGUACAGUAUUUUCAAUAUUGGGGGUACUUACAAAAAGUGUUGACAAUAUUUAAUUGUAGUAAUGUCAACACAUUUUACAUUAUUUGGAAAUUUCAAAUACUGUGUAAGUUGGUAAAGUUAUUCAAAAUACUGUACUGUAGGGUUGUCCUAUUUGAAUGUCAAUUUCCAUUGUUUUAUUUAGUAAAUUACUCUCAUUACACUGCACACUUUUACUUUUUCAUUUGAUGAUAAUAUAAUAAUAAUAAUAUAUAAUUCUUUAAAUUCGGAUUUCAUCGAUACCGAAUUGUUAAGUACUUACAAAAGGGAGGGACCAUAAACCAACAAGUAAUUAUUACUGUAAUGUUAUACUUUUUUUUUCUAAUAUUUUAUUCUGCAGAUUAACUUCUGUUCUGAGUUCUAUCUGCAUUUUAAUGGUUAAAUGAUUAAAAAUACCUAUGAAAUUUAUUAGGUAUUGUGCCUAGUGUUUAAAUUGUAGAGGGAGGGGAGUUAUUCACAAAAAAAUGAUUUUAACUUGUUAACUUCUUGUACAGAAUAAUUAAUCAACUAGAGAAUAACUUGUAGAUAGUAUGCAAUUACAAUAUAAUCAGGUUUUGACUACACUAUUGGAAAUAAAAGCCAAAGGAGCCAUUAUUUCCCAAAACAAUUGCCUGAAGUCUGCAGUGCUGAAGGAAAUAUUUGAAGGAAACAAUGGUUCCAAAUGCUUCUAUUUCCUAUAGUGUACGAAAUUACUUGACUAUAAUUGCUUCGUAAGUCAGUUGUGACGUCCAUCACCCUUUAAUCAAACUGCUGGCUCAUAAAUCCAUAGUGCUGUUUGUGGUUGUGGUCACAUUACUAAAUAAUCACUGUGCGUGUGCAUUAGUUGCGCGUAAUAGAAUGAAUUGUUAGUAGUACCAGCAGUACGAGCACUGACACUCUUCGCAGCUCUGCACGAUACAAAGUCAUGAAUCUACUAGCGGCUAUUAGGUAGGCCUAACCUCCUGGUAGACAUUUGUUUAAUAGAUAAAAAAGUACUGUAUUGACGACAGGAAUUAUUUCAGCGUUGCCUUAAUUUUUCAGUUCUUCUAUAAGUCAAUCACAUUAUCUCAUAGCUAUUAUACCUUUCUAGGCCGGUCUAUGCAUCAUUCGUGUUAACCAGCUGCAUAGAGUGAUAUUUGUUAGGUUAGCUGUGUGCUUUCAUAGGUUGGGCUAGCAACAAAAAAUUCCAUUGUGUUGUACUGUAGUAAAAUCACCCCAGCUUUGAGUUUUCUUGCACAUAAGGUGCAAAAAAUUGGAGGCACUAUGAUAGUUAGUGAUCAGUUCGGAAUAGGAAAAUUCAGUGCAAAUAAAAGUGAUGACAUCACCACUGGCUUAUAAUAUAUCAUUAUAUAGUAGGUUAAUUACAUAUUGUAUAUGGAGGACAAGCAAUAUACUGUAUCUGUAGUAUAUAAUGGGAUUCUUAUGGUGUGCAGAUAACCAUGUUGAUUAUGUAUUUCUUACUGCUGUAUUUCAGCAUUUAUUUGUGUACUUGCAUGUUUUUUUAUGCUUUGCAAUAUAUUCAUUUGUAAUUAAAUUUUAUUGACAAA